UGUCAAAAAAUAUAAUACAAACCAGCCUACUUCUACUAGCAUAGACAUAUAAAUAUACAUACAAUGAUAACAAAUAGCUUUUGCUGGAAAACAAAAAAAUAUAUAUUGUAGACGUAUAAUUUAAUGUAAGUAAAACAAAAUAUAAGGAUAUUGUUAUGAGAUCGUUUUGCUAAUAAUUGAUUUAUGCCUUUGUGUCUUAAUAACAUAUUGGAGUCAUGCCUGGAGAAGUGUUUAAAUGUGUAGGUUGCAUAAAUAUGGCCGGUGUAGAGGAAGGUGAAAUACCGAAGGACUUUAUUGAAUACGACUUCGCUGAAGAUGCUUUGGAUUUUGAGAUUCAACUAGCUGAAGCCCGUGAUAUUAAAUUCACUCAAAAUUUAAAAGAACCAUUAUCUAUAGGUACACAUAUACUAUGUACGGGAACGCCCAGCGACGACUUACCAUGGUUCGCAGUAAAUAUUGGCUGUGGAGACGCGGAGUCGGGGCGAGGAGAUAUAGCUGUACAUUUCAACGUUCGCCUCCCGCAGUGCUACGUUGUAAGAAACACAAGACGACAUGACAAGUGGGGAACGGAAGAGACAACCGCCUAUAGGUUAUUCCCUUUUAAAAUCAAUCAGCCUUUUUCAAUAGAGGUCUUAGUAGAUGAAAAAGAAACAUUAUGGGCGGUAGACGGAGAACAUUACUGCAGCUUCGCGCAUCGAAAUCCCAGUGCUUUAGGCGCUGAGUGGAUUCAAGUAACCGGUGUUAGAGAUGCCACAUUAAAUAUACAAAAGACUGCUGUAUACCCCAUCUUAGCACCAGUUCCAUUUGAAAUUCCUAUAAAACCAACUUUGUCAGAACCAAUCGAAGAUGAACCUGUUUGGAAACGAAAUAUAUUUGCCACAUUACCAAAAGGAAUUCCAGAAGGAUAUCAAGUCGUUAUAAUCGGAAGACUGCGGCCCCUGCUGCACUCGUUCGCGCUGGACCUGCUGGACGCGGCGCGCGAGUGGCCGCGGCCCAACAUCCUCGUGCACGUGAACGUGCGCGCGCACGUCGAGUCCGCGCAGGCGCGCCAGCUGGUGGUGCUCAACGCCUGGCUCGGCGCCUGGGGGCCCGAGCGACGGCAGCGCAGCGCGCGCCUCGUGCCCGGCACCGAGACGACGCUGCGCAUCGUGCGGGGGGCGGGCGAGUGGUCGGUGUUCGCAGACGACGUGCUAGUGGGCGAGUUAGAUAUGCGGGCGGCGGCGGCCGGCGUUCGCGCUCUGCGCCUGCGCGGGGACCUCUACCCGCGCCGCCUGCUUCUCUGCCCCGCUGCCCACACCCCCGUCACCCCCACUAGCCUCACCAGUACUCAACUGGGUUCUUGAAUACCUUAAAUGAGUACUCAUAAAUAUCAUCAUAAUCGUAGAAUAGUGAUGGAAAUUCAUAAAAAUCAGUCGUUUCGGAGAAGUUCGGUAAAAACCUUCGUGAUACGAGAUUUUAUAUAAUAGAUUUUACAUGACAGCCAUAUAAACGAAUGUCUAAUUG